AUGAAUAACAAGGAAGCUUCAAACGACUCCGGAAGAAUGCAGAGCAACGAUGACGAAAAUAAUAACAACAAUGCAACAACUGGAGGCAGCAGUGAAAACAGCAAUGGCAAUAGCAGAAGUAGAAGCAGGAGCAGAAAAUCUAGUGGGACUGCAGGCGGUCUGCUGAAAAACGCACCACUGAUUGUAAACAAUGAAGCGGUGCAUGUCAGUGUGCCAGCGGCGUCGCACACGACAGGUAAUAAUGGUACGCUUGAUGUAAGUAUAAAUAAUCCUGAUCCACAGGUGGUGGAUGCUGUGGCACGCCACUUGAUAAGAAACCCGACGAACAGCCUACACUUGCAAGGUGGGGACAUCACGAGAGAUCUGUACAAGUGGACGAACGAACACCCUUCGUCACCAUCACAGUAUCAGUACCCGAACCAACCUGCGCUUUCCACCUCUAUACCUUCACAAGCACCCUCAUUCUCGAACCGCAAAAGAUCGAUGAGUUUUUCUGCAGCUUCUGUAACAUCGUCCUCUCACCUUCAUAACAACUUAGAGGCGAAUGCAAAUACUCUAGCCGGAAUUGGUCUGACACCCGGGUCGAUGACGCACGAAGAGAUGAGGGCUCCUGGCGGGUUCAGAAGAUCUUUUAUCAUACAAAAGCACAGGAAACACAACGUCCAUGCGCCUAUACCGAAUUUUUUCACGAAGAACUUUAUUGAGUUUUUGACCCUGUAUGGCCACUUUGCCGGUGAAGAUUUAUCGGAGGAAGAAGAGGAGGAAGAAACUGAAGAGGAGCCAGAGGAGGAGGCUUUGGAAACGGAAAGCACUCAGCUGAUUUCUCGCGAACACGAGCGCCAUCCGCACAAAUCUUCAACAGUGAAAGCGGUACUGCUCCUGCUGAAGUCAUUCGUUGGAACGGGUGUGCUUUUCCUGCCCAAGGCUUUUCAUAACGGUGGCUGGGGGUUCAGUGCUAUUUGUUUGCUUUCAUGUGCUCUCGUUUCGUAUGGAUGUUUUGUGUCGUUGAUUACUACCAAGGACAAAGUAGGCGUCGAUGGGUAUGGUGACAUGGGUCGCAUUCUCUAUGGGCCAAAGAUGAAAUUCGCCAUUCUUUUAUCCAUUGCCUUAUCACAAAUCGGAUUCUCCGCUGCGUAUACGGUUUUCACUGCAACUAAUUUGCAAGUGUUUUGUGAAAAUUUCUUCCAUUUGAAACCGGGCAGCAUCAGCCUGGCCACUUAUAUAUUUGCGCAAGUACUCAUUUUUGUUCCACUGUCUUUGACAAGAAAUAUAGCCAAAUUGAGUGGGACUGCGUUGAUAGCGGACCUAUUUAUUCUACUGGGGUUGGUGUAUGUUUACGUUUACUCCAUUUAUUACAUCGCCGUUAAUGGAAUUGCAUCCGAUACGAUGCUAAUGUUCAACAAAGCGGACUGGUCUUUGUUCAUCGGUACCGCCAUAUUCACAUUUGAAGGCAUAGGCCUACUUAUCCCCAUUCAGGAGUCGAUGAAACACCCAAACCAUUUCCGACCAUCUCUCUCAGCAGUGAUGUGUAUUGUUGCGGUGGUUUUUAUAUCCUGUGGUCUCUUGUGCUAUGCAGCUUUUGGAUCAGAUGUUAAAACCGUCGUUCUAUUGAAUUUCCCGCAAGAUACUUCUUAUACUCUCACCGUUCAAUUACUGUAUGCAUUAGCCAUAUUAUUAUCCACGCCGUUGCAGUUAUUUCCAGCAAUACGUAUUUUGGAAAAUUGGACUUUCCCCUCAAAUGCAUCUGGUAAACACAACCCGAAAGUCAAAUGGUUGAAGAACUAUUUCCGUUGUGCUAUUGUCGUUUUGACAUCCGUUCUUGCAUGGGUAGGCGCCAAUGAUUUAGACAAGUUCGUAUCGCUGGUGGGCUCCUUCGCGUGUAUCCCAUUGAUAUACAUAUACCCACCAUUACUACACUACAAGGCAUCCAGCAUAUCUGGGACUUCAAGAGCAAGACUUCUCCUGGAUUUAAUUGUCAUAGUGUUUGGAGUGGCUGUCAUGGUCUACACGUCAUGGCAAACUAUUAAAAUGUGGAGCAAGUAA